AUGUCACAGCUUUCAACAGUCACGAGAUAUGCGAGUCCCAACGAGCGCCGCACUAUCAGUCGCGAAGACGUCGGUUUCUACCAUGCCCUAGUGAUCGGAGCCAUUUAUGAAAUUCCAAGCGAUGUUGUAGAUAUCAAGUCAGCUCGCUCAUUUGUUUCGCCCCUAGAAUGCUGUCUUCGAGAGCAACCUUAUCUCGCCGUCGUUGUCAAGGACAGACAUACUGAGCAGCCAUUCUACGAGACAUGUUCGAGCGUCAACCUCGAACAUCAUAUUUCUGUCAUUGAAAACGAUAUCAGCGCCGAUGGAGAUAAUGCCACCAUACAGCAAUACCUGCCGGGAAUUCUUGACAGACCAUGGCCCGCAGACCUACCACCUUGGCGAAUCGUUGCCAUUCCUCUCGCGUCACAAGAUCCCAGGCUGACCCGAUUUUUUGUUGCAUUUGCUUUUUCGCAUGCUCUCGGUGAUGGUAUGGUUGGGGUCACCUUCCAUCGCGCCUUUUUGAACGCUCUUCGGAAAUCUCCUGGUUCCAAUGACAGCUCGUUCUUGGUGACCCUCCCAAGCAAGAAGCUUGCAGAGCCCUUUGACACGCCAGAAAGACUCCCCAUAUCAUGGAGCUUCCUCCUAGGGCCUUUGAUCGCAGUAUACUUGCCAAAAUUCCUUGCAAAGCUGCUUGGUCUCCGCGCUGCUGCAAGCACGGUAGACGCCGGCACUUGGAUUGGUUCGCCGAUGUUCUUCGAUCCGACCCCCAAGGAAAACAGCAGGGUACAACUUCUCGAAAUUGAAGCUCCUCUGGUCCGAAAUGCUCUCAACGUCUCGAGGAGCCACGACACCAAACUCACUGGAACGAUGCAUCAAAUGAUUAUACGGGCUUUGAGCAAGGCCAUUCCUGACACUAGCAUCACCAACUUUGUGUCCGCCACACCGGUUGAUAUGCGAGCGUCUGUUGGCAUACCAGGUCUGACAUGGGGACUGUUCGUGUCUGGGUAUUAUGGUGUGCAUGCCCGUCCAUCCGACGCGUCAGGACCUGCAUUGCCCAAUGAGCUGUGGGAAGCUGCUAGCGCGAUGACAAAAUCAAUCUCCGCCUGUGCUGCAACCCUUCAGGACCAAGCGAUCGGCUUGUUAAGAUACCUUCCUGGGAUUCGGAAGUGGACCUUGAGUAAACUGGGCCAGCAGCGGGACUCGUCAUACGAGCUGAGCAACCUGCUUGCGUUUGACAACUUCGAUGAGAAAGGCGAUCGAUACAGAGUCUCUAAGAUGGUGUUCUCGCAGCCUGGCAAUGUUACCAGUGCCCCACUGGUGUUCAAUGUAAUCAGCGUCAAAGGGGGCAGUCUGACGUGCACGGUUAGUUGGCAAGCCGGAGCGCUGGGCAUACCGCUCGAAAGUGAGCGUUCAUUCGUCGAUGGGAUUUGUCUCUCAAUCCGAAAUGAUUUCGAGACCAUGGUCGAGUAG